UAUUUUGUUAGUUCCAACUGUUUUGAUUAAUAAAUAGAACAUAGAUCUAGAUUUUGCUCUAAAUUAAUUACUAUAGAUCUAUAGGUCAAUAAUAUUUAUUUGGAACAGUUACGAUGGCUAGCUUAGAUGACUUAAAAACAUAUGAACUCCAAUUGCAACAGGUUGAAGCUGCACUGACAACAGAUCCAACUAAUGAGGAAUUGCUAAAACUCCAGAAAGAUUUGCAGGAAGUAAUUCAAUUGACCACAGAACUGAUCUCUGCACCAGUUGCAAAUGCUACUGGGUCUGGCACAUCAGCCACAGUCUCAUCUACCAGUGGUGGGGGUCAAAAGGCAAGCAGUGAAGAUGGGGCGGUGCCAGACUGGAAAGUUGGGGACAAAUGUAUGGCCUUGUGGGAGGAAGAUGGACAACACUAUGAAGCACUAAUUGAGGAAGUUUUAGAGGAUGGUACCUGCACUGUGACAUUUACUGGAUGGAAUAACAGCACAAUCAGUCCAAUCUCUCAGCUGAAACCUGUUGACCCUAUAUUAAAGCGAGGUGCCAAAGGAGACAGAGUCACCGAUGCUAAAAAAUCCAAGAAAGAUCUGAUCGCAGAACAAAGAGAAUAUAAAAGAAAAAAGUCUUUAAAGAAAGCUCAGCGUAUGAAGCAGCUAGAGGAAGAACAUGAGCAAGACAAAAACAAAUGGCUAGAUUUUAAUCAUAAGACUUUUGCAAAGACAACCAAAGGUAAAGUGAAGAAGAGUAUCUUUGCAACUCCAGACAGUGUUUCAGGAAAGGUUGGUGUGGGCACCUGUGGCUCUGGGGGCAAACCAAUGACGUCCUAUCAACACCAGGAGAAGUGGAAGAAAUGAGUGUGAUUUACUUGUUACCUAGUGUUUGUACAUAUGUGAGAACAGCUGUUGGAUGAAUGGUAGUGCAAUGUACAGAAGUAAACAUGGGAUGUAAUGUGCUUUUUGCUGAAAUGGUGGUGUGUUUGUGAAUGAAGUAGCGAUGUCACACAAAAUAAGUGAUGCGCCCAGUGGUUUCUCGACAAAUUGAGUUUGACAAAGUUUCUGGUUGUCUAAUCACAUUAAUCAUAUUCGAUGUGAUAGUUUCAAAAAGUUGUAAGGUUACAAAAUAUACUAACAUAUUCUAAUAUGUCUUGAAGAUCAAGUAAUAGAUUUUUACAUUAGGUUUGAUAACCAAAUGAUUUUCUUGCAUUUAAAACGAGGCAAAUAGGAUAUUAGAAAGGUUUAUUGUGUUAACAUUUAUAAAAUACAAUAUGUAGGCCUGUCAUAAGUUUAUAAAUUAACUCAAUGUAAAUUAAAUAAAUCUUUUAAUCUU